AUCUUUAUCUUUCUCUUCUCCUUCUCUGCAUUCCAACAUUCAUUUCAAGCCCUCUCUAAUCAAUCUCUGACAUUUUUUUGUUACUAAUCAAUUCGAUUUGAUUUCGUUUUGUCUAAUAAUCUGUUUUUGCAGGAUUUUGUGUUGUGCUUUAUUUUAUUUUUGAUUGCGCUAUUUUCCAUAUUUUUUCUGUUCUUUUUCUCUCUUUUGUUUUCGGGUGUUUUUUUCUUCUCCUACCUAACAAUGGAUGCAGGUUCUUUGAGUUCUUCCUCAACCAUCAAAACACGAUCACGCUACCCGCUCCAGGAACAAUUUAUUCAAAGAAAGAGUUCCAAAGAAAACUUGGACAGAUUCAUACCAAAUAGGUCGGCAAUGGACUUUGAUUAUGCUCACUAUAUGCUCACUGAGGGGAAUAAAGGUAAGGAAAACCCAGUUGCGAGCUCCCCAUCUAGAGACGCUUACAGGAAGCAGCUUGCAGAAUCCUUAAAUAUGAACCGGACCCGAAUUCUUGCUUUCAAGAACAAGCCACCUGCUCCAGUUGACUUAAUGCCUCAUGAGAUCUCUGCUCAUCCCCAGGAUAAUAAACUGGCCAAGGCCAGACGGUUUAUUCCUCAGACUUCUGAGAGGACUUUGGAUGCUCCGGAUCUUGUGGAUGACUACUAUCUGAAUUUACUGGACUGGGGAAGUGGCAAUGUUCUUGCAAUAGCACUUGGAAGCACAGUGUACUUGUGGGAUGCAUCAGACGGUUCUACUUCAGAACUUGUUACUGUUGAUGAUGAAAAUGGCCCCGUUACAUCUGUUAGCUGGGCACCUGAUGGAAGACAUAUUGCUGUUGGUUUGAACAACUCUGAAGUGCAACUAUGGGACACAACUUCAAAUAGACAGUUGAGAACAUUGAAAGGUGGGCACAGGCAGAGAGUGGGGUCUUUGGCAUGGAACAACCACAUACUCACAACCGGAGGGAUGGAUGGUAGAAUUGUGAACAAUGAUGUAAGAAUUAGAUCACAUGUUGUUGAAACCUACAGGGGGCACGAGCAAGAGGUCUGUGGGUUAAAAUGGUCGGCUUCAGGCUCCCAAUUAGCCAGUGGAGGGAAUGAUAAUCUACUUUACAUCUGGGACAGAGCUGCGGCAUCUUCUAACGCGGCAACACAGUGGCUUCACAGGCUUGAAGAUCACACAUCUGCUGUGAAAGCCCUUGCUUGGUGCCCCUUCCAAGGGAACUUGCUAGCUUCUGGUGGAGGCAGUGGUGAUCGCUGCAUCAAGUUUUGGAAUACCCACACAGGUGCAUGCUUGAACUCAGUUGACACUGGGUCUCAGGUAUGUUCCCUGCUGUGGAACAAGAAUGAGAGGGAGUUACUCAGCUCUCAUGGUUUUACUCAGAAUCAGCUAACACUUUGGAAAUACCCUUCGAUGGUGAAGAUGGCAGAGCUCACUGGUCAUACUUCCAGAGUUCUUUUCAUGGCCCAGAGUCCAGAUGGUUGCACUGUAGCAUCAGCAGCCGCAGAUGAAACAUUGAGGUUCUGGAAUGUGUUUGGAGCUCCAGAAGCAGCAGCCAAAGCUGCACCAAAAGCGAGAGCUGAGCCAUUUUCAAAUGUGAGUCGGAUACGAUGAGCAAAGCAAGUAAAUAUUUGUUACUCCCACGGACUUAACAGGAUUGAUAGCAGCUGUAAAUCGAUCCAUCUAUCCACAAUAUAUUUGAUUAGGUAAUUGCUGGCAUCCGGGACGAUUUGUUGUAUAUUUAAUCCAGAAACAUCCUGGGAUCAGUGCCAAGCAAUUGCUGUUGGAGAGGCAAUAAACAGAGGGUGAAAUUUGUGGGACUUUGAUGUACAUUUGUAACAUAUUAUCAGUGGAAAAAACAUCAUCAUUUUUUCCGUGGACGUAGUCACACACACCCGUGACGAACCACGUAUGUCGCUCUUCUUUCUGCUUUUCUUCCUGGUUUUUCUUGUUUUGACACAA